AUGGCGCUGCGAGCGGGCUCCUCCGUCCGUGGCAGCGGCGGCACAGUGAUAGAGGCAGCAGCCGUCUUCCUGCACCAGCAGUACGUUAGCCGCACCGCCGACUACGACAUCGCAGUCGUACAGGUGAACGGAUCCUUCACGCUGGGUCCCAAUGUGCAGCUAGUGGGACUCCCGGCUGAGGGCUACGACCCUCCGAGCGGGCUGCCUGUGACGGUCAGUGGCUGGGGUUACCAGCACAGCGGCAACGGCCCGGCCGAUACGCUGCACGCGGUGGACAUCAACGUGGUGGACCGUGAGACAUGCCGCAAGGUGUUCGUCGCUGUGAAUUCCGUGACGGAACGCAUGAUCUGCUCUGGAGAGUUCACCCGAGGAGUAUGCGUCGGUGACUCUGGUGGGCCACUGGUCAACAACGGUACGCAGGUGGGCAUCGUCUCGUGGGGGCCCACCUACUGCGAAGUCGGCAUCUCCGUCCAGACCAAUGUCGGCUACCUGAGAGCCUGGAUCCGAGACACCGCCGGCAUCUAGACUUCACCAGCUCUCCUCAGUGGAUACAAUGGUUUAACUCAACAGCAGAUACUAUCAUCCAUGCGUUUUUGUUAAAUAAAAACACGU